UCAAUGGAGAUGAAAGGAAAAGAGAAGAGGAACAAGUAUGCUUGUGCUUGUUCUAUCGUUGCUUCCAUGAUCUCUCUUUUGUUAGGCUAUGACACUGGGGUGAUGAGUGGAGCAAUGUUGUUCAUCAAAGAAGACUUGAAAAUCUCUGAUGUGCAAGUAGAAGUGCUUGCAGGGAUCCUAAACUUAUGUGCUUUGAUAGGUUCCUUAACAGCAGGAAGAGCUUCUGAUUGGAUUGGCAGGCGUUACACCAUUGUUCUAGCUUCAGUGAUCUUCUUCAUUGGUGCACUUCUCAUGGGACUUGCACCAUCUUAUGCAAUUCUAAUCACCGGACGGUGUGUCGCCGGAGUAGGUGUUGGAUAUGCUCUGAUGAUUGCUCCAGUAUACUCAGCGGAGAUCUCAUCGCCGUCUUUCCGGGGUUUCCUUACCUCAAUGCCAGAGAUUUGCAUUAGUCUUGGUAUUCUUCUUGGUUAUAUAUCAAAUUAUUUGUUUGCUAAGCUUCCAUUGAUGUAUGGAUGGAGAACAAUGCUUGGCAUUGGAGCAGUACCAUCUUUGAUGCUAGCCGUAGGCAUCCUGGCUAUGCCGGAGUCUCCGAGGUGGUUGGUCAUGCAAGGCCGGUUAAAAGAAGCCCAAGAAGUGAUGCUCAAAGUAUCAAAUAGUGAAGAUGAAGCUGAGCUAAGGUUUCAAGAGAUAAAGACUGCAGCAGGGAUUGACCAUGAAUCUGAAUUACCGAAAAGGCCAACUGGUGAAGGAGUUUGGAAGGAGUUGCUUCUACGGCCUCCACCUCCGGUUAGACGGAUACUAAUCGCCGGCAUCGGUAUUCAUUUCUUCGAGCAUGCGACCGGUAUCGAGCCAGUUGUUCUAUACAGUCCUAGGAUAUUCAAAAUGGCAGGGAUACAAAGCAAGAACAAGCUGUUGAUAGCCACAAUAGGAGUAGGGGUGACAAAGACUUUGUUCAUCUUUGUGGCUACAUUUUUGAUAGAUAAAGUUGGAAGGAGACCACUCCUGUUAACAAGUGUUGGAGGUAUGAUAGUGUCCUUAUCUGGAUUAGGGUUUGGGCUCACAAUGGUUGAACAUUCAGAAGAGAAGUUAAUAUGGGCUUUAGCUUUGUGUAUUGCAUGUUUGAUCACAUUUGUGGCAUUCUAUUCUAUAGGUCUAGGACCCAUUACUUGGGUGUAUAGUUCUGAGAUAUUUCCUAUGAGGUUAAGGGCACAAGGAGCAAGUUUAGGGGUUGCUGUCAAUAGAGUGAUGAAUGGGACUACAUCAAUGACUUUUAUGUCACUGUAUAAGGCCAUUACUAUUGGUGGGAGCUUCUUUAUGUUUUCAGGGAUUGCCGUCUUAGCUUGGUUCUUCUUCUUCUUCUUCUGUCCUGAGACUAGAGGGAGGUCAUUGGAGGAGAUGGAGGAGGUGUUCAGCCAUGCAUGGUGGAGUACUCCUAAGCCUGUGAAAAAGGAUGGUCAUGAAAUGGAAUUAACUAGUUAAUUAGUGUCUUUGUUUUCUUAUGUUUUAAUUCUUAGAUGUUAGAAAGAUAUAUAAUUUUGUACCAAUGCAAAUGAAUGGUGGCAAUAUAUCUAAGCCACAAUGUUUGACUUGUGUGCUACUAAGCUACUAGCUAGC